GAGCUCUGCUCAGAAAUCUCUCAGCACUAUUUGCAGUAGACGCUGAGAAAGGUGUCAACACAUAGGAGGGAAGUAAAGCCAAGCGACCCUGAACCAUGUGCUCAUUAAGCUAGCCUCCUUUCUUAACUAGAGUACCAACGGCCAGGGUACUAAGUCAAGAAUUAGAAAGACCGAAAAGUUAAUACCUCUAAAACUAAUCCGGUUUUAUACCCACUCCACUUAGCGAUUGAAGCCCUUCCUGGAAGGGCCCUGCUUCACAGCUGACAAAAAGGGAAACCUUGGAAACAGAAUAAUAUGUGGACUAAUGGAGUGUUUUUUAACAAAACAUUCCUGAUAUGCCACUCCUAAAAACCCUUUAUCCUCAUCUCUAUUCUGAAAUAAGACUCAAGGACAUUUCUCUGUUGGAUCCUACAAAAUUAUCUCUGAGCAGGAUUAGACGAACCUACCAGGAAAGAGAUGGGUUUCUCCUAGAAAUGAACUCGAUGAACUAUGAAGACACAACCCAAGAACAACUCGGCUUAAGAUAUAAAUGGAUUGACGAAAAAGAAAACAGGUCCCCAGUACAAGAGGUACCCAGCCCCCGAUAUUUCACACUAGAGAAUGAACAGAGCCAGGAGGGUCAACCCAGUUUAUCCAGGAACUGUGAGUGCAAAGAGAAACCAGUUUACAGAGAAAUAUUGAAUCCAGGUUAUAAAAGUCACCUGAACAAUAUGUUCUCCCGAGUGGGUCAACUCAGAGAACAAAGAUCUGAAUACUUCCCCUGGAAAGGACACAUCACUGGACGAAGCAGAAUUGGUUCCGAGGCAGCCAGUUACUCAGCCUUUCAGAAUUCUAAACCUGGUUCAAUAUCAUCCCUGGACCUGGAAUGGGAAAAUGAAGAGAGUUUGGACAUAAGCGCCUGUAGAAGGGAUGUCAAGUAUACAACAAUGGAAGAAAAUGGCAACACACCUUUUCUCAGAUGGCUGCCGGCUGCGGAGAAGCAACACGACAUCAAGAAUUCGCCUUUAAAAUCCGUAGAAAACAUAAACACAAGAACCUCUAGUGUAUCAAGCCUAGCCUGGGAUAAUGAUAAUGAGGGAUACUCGUGUUCAGCUCCAAUCCUAGAUACUGAAACAGAAAACCUUCUCAGUGAAAUAGAAGAAUUAACCUCGGCAGCCCUUCGAGAAACUGCACAGUGGGCUCGGAAGGAUGAGACUCCAAUGUCAAUGUCCAGCAGUUCGAUCGAGAAAACUGAGCAAGGAUUUCUUCAACCUGAUCAAGGACCAAUAAACUCAGGAUCAAUCGAUCAGAUGAUUUCUUCGAUUGACACAGACUCAUCAAAUCAAUAGAAUAUGAAGAGAUGGAUUCAAUGUUUAAACCUUUAUUGUACUGAAUGGACUUUUGAGUAAUAGAAGAAUAAAUGUAAAUUUUCCUUAUAAAAGCUUGGAAAUCAACUCUUUUCUGUUUUAAGGAAACAAAUAAUUGAUACAAAAAUGUUCAUCAAAUUUUUACAAGAAACGUGUCUUACAUAUAUUAAGUAUUCCAUUUCCCUAAAGCGCUAAAAUUAUAGUAAGUUAGCUCUUUUUACAGUAUAGGAUUUAUUUUUGAAGAAUUUAAGCCCAAGCCCUGAAGAUCAAGUAAUAUCAAAUCGAAUUUAUGUAACUAUCAAACUAUUUCAGAUAGUUAAGGCCCAUUUUAGUUUAGUUUGAUUUUUACUUAUUUUGAAAGUUAAAAUUUUUAAUUUUUUUUUAUAAAUUAUGCGACGAAAGAAUGUUUUUUUUAUUGAAUAUUUAAAUGUACAUUUUCUUCGGUUAAUAGAAGUUAGCAACCGAAACAACAAAACUUAAAUUUAUAAACUGACAUAAAACUUAAACCAUUUUCCGGCAUACCGAGUUUUCUUUAUUUAAAUACAGUGGUAGGCGUUUUUAUCUAUACAAUACAGACGUUUUGAUUUCUAAUUCAAACUUUAAAUUACAAGUUUACAAGCAAACAACGAGAAGCUGUUAAUUGACAGCUCCUCUUUGUUUCAAAUGCCCAUGUUUAUUUUUUCCAUGCUGUUUAAAAUCAAAAUUAGUAUAGAAAGACGUCUUGGUUGUAUUGCUAUGUAGUAUGUACGAAUGACUGUAUAUUGUUUGACAAAGACGGUUUUUUAAUUGAACUAUUUAAAUGCUAAUUCUGACAUUUUUACUGGCAAAUUGAAAUUAAGAAUGAAAACAACAAAACUUAACUAGUCUUAUACCUUUAAAGAAAUCUAUGACCGGAGUAAAAUCUGAUUUAUCGCUUAGAAUUCCAGCGGAAAGGUACAAUACCUUUGCAUAUACACUAAUUUUUUCAGUAACGACAGCCCAAUAAAAUCUAAAGUUAUCAUAUUUCAAUGACAUCAUGUGUCAGCCAUUUUAGAUUUUAGAAUUUGUAGGAAAUAAACGUUUUUCGUGUUUAAA